AAAACUUGUUUUCGAAGCACAUACAUUAUUUAAUAGUUCUUAUGCUAGCUUCCUCCAAACCUUUCACUAGAGCUACUGAAGAGCUGCAAGAUUAUUUACUUAGUGCAAGAGAAAAAUAGAUUUAGUUAUUUUUGGCAGUUAAUGGGGAGUAGGAAAGAAGAGAGGCAUCUAGGCCACAGACAGCCUAGAAAGUAAGAAAUCCAACACACAUUUAUCAGUAUUACCACUCUAGUUUAAUAAUAAUUAGACAAAUGAGCAAAUAGAGGCUUAAAAACAUUAAGUAACUUACCUAAGAUCAUACAGCUCAAAAUGAUGGAACCAGGACUUACACCCAAAUUUGACUCCACAGAAGCCCACGAUCCUAACCCCUUUGUUACUACCUCCCUUCCCAGUCUGUAUACUAGUCCAGACAAAUGGGAUAUCAGUAGCAGGUGCUCCUUUUUUGAAACAUGCAUGGGAAACAUGCUCUGUCUAAGGGGAAGGGUGGUGGGGGCACCCCUGUUCUUCCUUUGUGGACUGAGCCACUCUGUCCGCCCUGUUCUUGUAAAGGUCUUGAAGCACUUCUGGGUUCUCCUUGGUGGAAAAGCUAAGCCCAGGCAACUGCACCAAUUACAGAGAACUUUACCUUUUGAUGAGUUGGUUCAGAGGGCAGCUGAAGAAAAGCACAAAGAAUUCUUUAUUUCAGAGGAUGAGAAGUACUACUUAAGAUCACUUGGGGAAGACCCUAGAAAGGAUGUUGCAGAUAUCAGAAAGCAGUUUCCUUUGUUGGAAGGAGAUAUUAAGUUUCCAAAAUUCUUCAAAGAGGAGCAGUUCUUUUCCAGUGUUUUUCGGAUUAGCUCACCAGGAUUACAACUUUGGACCCAUUAUGAUGUAAUGGAUAACUUCUUAAUACAAGUGACAGGAAAAAAGCGGGUUGUGCUGUUCAGUCCUCGAGAUGCCCAGUAUUUGUAUUUAUCAGGUACUAAAUCAGAAGUAUUGAACAUAGAUAACCCAGACUUAGCUAAAUAUCCACUGUUUCCCAAGGCUAGAAGGUAUGAAUGUUCCCUUAAAGCUGGAGAUGUAUUAUUCAUUCCUGCUUUAUGGUUCCAUAAUGUAAUUUCUGAAGAGUUUGGAGUGGGAGUGAAUGUCUUUUGGAAGCACCUUCCAUCUGAAUGCUAUGAUAAAACCGAUACCUAUGGAAACAAAGAUCCUACAGCAGCAUCAAGAGCUGCACAAAUUUUGGACAGAGCCUUAAAAACACUGGCUGAAUUACCAGAGGAAUACAGGGACUUCUAUGCACGGCGAAUGGUCUUACACAUUCAAGACAAAGCCUAUAGCAAAAACUUGGAGUAAAUAAUGAAGUGAAUGCAAAAAAAUAUAAACUUUUCAGUACAAUUCAGCUCAAAUAUUAGAAAAAUGUCAGAUAACUCUUUGUUAAAAGAAGAACAAUAACUCAAUUUCAAAUUUGCAGAUUAAGUACAAAGGGGUGUUCCUGUGGUUGCUACUUAACACAGUUCAUUCUGGUUCAGAGAAUGCUGUACUGGGACCAAUCUUCAGCUUUCAGAUACAAAUAACUAAAAAUUUAACUUAAAAUGACAAAAUGUAUUGACUCACUAUACAUGA